CAGGUGUCCUAGGUUCUAUGGCAAGUCCCAAUGAUUCGCCGUCGUACAAUACAUCCGCAUGGGGGAUGUGCGGCAGUGAACCUUCAGUAAAAGUUGAACACUUAGCUGGUACCGACGGAUCUCAUCUCGAUUCUGGAUACCCAACCACAGAUUCUUUAGCGAAUUAUACAGGUGAUAUAAGUUCAAGUAAAGCUGCAGCGCUGGAUUUUACAGGUUCCUAUCCAUCAUCCUAUUAUAACAGCAUGCAGGCCUAUCAGCAGUUUGGAGCUCAAAAUUCUGCCUAUUCUAUGCAGGCCGCGUCUAACUUUUACAAUCAAGCCAGCCAAGCCACUUACGGAGUUCUGUCCCAAUCUUAUGGCGUUGCAGGAGGCCGUGGCUUAAGUCAUCAGAGUACCAAAAAUAACAACAGUUCUUUGUCUCAGAGUUCAUAUCUAAAUCCUUACGGCACACAUUUUCCAGCAGGCAAUGGAACGCAGACAACUCAGAAUCCUUACAAUUACAGUGGUGCUUACUCGGCUAGUGGUUUUUCCAGCAAUGCUGCAAAUGCACAAUCUUAUCCAUCUCAGCAAAGUGUCGACUACAGUUCUUACAGUGGAUAUAGCCAAAGUGGGUAUCCAUAUUAUGCCACUCAAGGUUAUAAUUACAUGCCUCAGGCAAACAGCAAUUCGCCUUUGAGUUUAGCAACAUCUCCUAGUGUUCCAACGACAGCAACAUACCAACUGUCCCAACUGCCGCCAUGUUCUACGUUAGAAGUUUCAGUCACGCAGUUCGUCCUUGAAAGUCAUCACUCAUCAUCACCGGUGAAAUUAGAAACAACAAAUGGAGCUACAAAGAAAGGCGGCAAAUCCGGAAAGGGAAGAGGACGAAGACUUAACAACCCGAGUCCAGAUCCGGAAAAUAACUUGGAGAGGGUCUUCGUGUGGGACCUUGACGAGACCAUCAUUAUAUUCCACUCCCUUUUAACAGGGUCUUACGCCACAAGAUACGGAAAG